GUGUAUAUAAAAUCAGUACUGUUUCUCUUGCCAAAAAUCAAUCACACCACAUAUCCUCCAUUCAACACUCACCCGACCCGAUCCGAUCCGACCCGAUUCUCUCCGGUGCUCAGUUUCUAAAUCGCCGAUCCAGCUCAGAACUCUCAAAUUUCUUCAUUUUAAUAUUCCAAUUUCUUGUAAUUCUGAUACCUACAUGAUAUUAAAAAGUAGUGUAACGUUUAAUUUUCUGUUUUUUAAUUCCCCAAUUUGUGAUGUAAUCCGUGUAAAAUAAUUUGCAAUUAGGGUUAGGGUUAGCUAAAAUUCAUCGUUUUCCAAUUGUAUACAACAUGGAAAUGAAGAGUUCUCGUAGAUCAUUCGAUAGAUCAAACUUACAAUCAAAUUUAAAGAAGCCUAGAUUAACCGAAGACCCUAUUCGGGCCGUGAAUUCGGGCCCUACUGGCCCGAGAUUUCGGGCCAUUGACAGCUGGCGAGAUUCUGAGAACAGUGGACCUUACCAACAACAACAUGAGGAACUGAUUAGUGAAUACAAGAGAGCAUUAGCUCAGCUGACUAUUAAUUCGAAGCCGAUUAUUACCAACUUGACUAUUAUUGCUGGUGAGAAUUUGCGCGAUGCGAAGGCGAUUGCUGCUGUGAUCUGCGGGAACAUACUUGAGAUUCCUAGUGAGCAAAAGCUGCCAUCUCUCUAUCUUUUGGACAGUAUUGUGAAGAACAUUGGGAGGGAUUAUAUCAAGCAUUUUGCUGCCAGGCUUCCUGAGGUUUUCUGCAAGACUUAUAGACAGGUUGAACCUUCGAUACACUCUGGGAUGCAUCGUCUUUUUGUAACCUGGAGAAAAGUAUUCCCUCCUCAGCAACUUCAACUGAUUGAGAAGGAGCUUGGAUUUGCAACUGGCAUCAAUGGCUCUUCAUCAGGAAUGCGUAGAGAUGAUUCAAAGGCUCAACAGACUGCAAAUAGCAUUCAUGUAAAUCCCAAGUAUUUGGAGGCAAGGCAGUGCCUACAGCAACCAAGCAGAGCAAAAGUAUCAGCUGAUGACAUCACUCCAGGAGACGUACAGAAACCAGAGAGAGGAGCAGCCAGUGUAGGUUCUGGAAGAUCUUGGGUUGAUAUUUCUACUAAGUGCGUUCAGAAAGGGGAGUUGAAUGAGCGAAUUCGCGAGAAAACUAUAGGUGCAGCAUAUGGAGAUCCUGAUUAUGGUUCUGAUUUGUCAAGGGGUCCUGGCCUUGGAUUAAGAAUAACAGGUGAAAAGUUUAAGGAAGAGGGAUUUGAUAAAUCUUGGUACAAUUCUGCGAAUGGUAAAAUAUUAAGUCAAAGAAAUGGCUUGGACCUUAAACAUGGAUUCCAAAGUCUAUCCCAGGAUACUGCAAACUCUGAUGCAUAUCCACAACUGAAACACUCCUUUGCCAAUCAAAGUAGUACUUUGAUGGAUCGGAGCUGGCAGAGUUCUGAUGAAGAGGAGUAUAUGUGGGAUGAUGUCAAUAGUGCAGGUAAAGAUCAACGGGCAUCUGAAGAUUCAUAUAAAUCUAGCUUAGAUAAUCAACAUCCGAGACCCCAAAGCAUAUCUGGGUUAAAGGCUGACAGUGAAGCCUCGGCUGACUCUCUUUCGAGAGAAGACAAAGGGAAAGCAUCUUCCGGGAAUCAAAUGUCAUCGAUGUGGUCAGAUGGAGCUAGACAUUCGGUUUCUGUUCGAAGUACUCCAGAUUAUCCAAGAGGUUAUCUAACCUCUUUCAGUGGGUUGUCAACAGCUACAAACUCCAUAGUUGGGAAAUCUUUCCAGUCACAGAAAGGUUCAAGUUAUGUGGGGACACCAAGUUUUGGGAUAGCAAAGACAGCAAAUGGAUCCAGGGGACCCAUAAUGCAACCACGAGAAACUCAGGUAGCUGCCCCUCCAUCGUUAGAGCCACCGAAGCGUGAGCUUCCUCCAUCUCCAUCAGUCUCAACUAGCAAUGUUGAUCAAGUAGUUAACAGUCUCACUAGAGAGUAUCAGAUGCAGACUGAAUCUCAUGCAGGUCCAAGAAUGUCUCAAUCUUUAAGAAGGUCAAAUCUAGAUCCCCGUAACCAAGUCUUCCAGGACUCUCUGCCAAUGACAUCUCAGAGUGCUCGGUUGGUUAGUUCACAGAUAACACAGACUCCAAGAUAUAAUCCAUCUUCCUUGAUUUCAUCUCUUCAAGAAGGCCAUUAUGUUCCCCUUCCUAAGAAAAUCCAGCAAGAAAGCCCCGAGUCUGAAUCUUCCAGUCUCACCCAGAAAUCAAUAGUUACUCAGCCUUCUGGUUUUGCUGAUCCUUCUGGCAAUGUGCCUUCCAUUCUUCCUGGUUCUGAAUCCUCAGGACAAACGAGUAUGAGCAGCUUGUUGGCUGCUGUUAUGAACAGUGGAGUACUUGGUAAUAGAUCUAGUGUCGGCACGCCACUGAAUUCUCAUGAUAAGGGGCCUGUGUCAUCCCAAGCCGCUGCCCCAUCUCCACAAUCGGACAGAAAUGCUUCAAAUCCCCCAAAUUAUUCCCAGAGAAAUGGAGAACGACCACAACUGCCACCUGGUCCUGCUCCAACUCUGGUAGGUGGUGCAUCAUUGCAGGCUCCAAAUGUACUAAAUGCUGCUUCUAAUCCUGUUGCAAAUCUUUUGAGUUCAUUGGUGGCAAAGGGGUUGAUAUCUGCAUCAAAGGAGGAGUCUCCAACUUCAACUCCUCCGCAGACACCUCCAGAAACUCGGUUCCAGAGUCCUCCACCUGCAAGCAUCAGUUCAACUCCCGGUGUAUCUGCUUCAGUUUCCUCACCCACUUUCUCAACUCUAAACGAUGAGCUCUCUCUCUCUAAACCUGCUGCUAAAAUCCCUGAUGCCUUACCUCAGUCCACCACAGAAUCGAGAGAAGUUGCAUUUAAACCAGGUGUAAUUCGGGAGUCAAAUCCUGGUGUCAUCAGCGGACUUCAUGAUGACGUUCCACAUCAAUGUGGCAUAUGUGGUCUUCGACUAAAGCUCCGAGUCCGACUUGAUAGACACUUGGAAUGGCAUGCGUUGAGGAAUCCAGAUGGGAAACUGUUGCAUAAUGAAAGGAAAUGGUAUUUAAAUUCUGUGGAAUGGAUUACUGGAACCGGUAGCCUCCCACACUGUGGUAUGUUAGCAGGACCAAUUGGAGGUUCUAGCAAACUGUCAGAAUGCACUGAGGUGAUGGUUCCGGCUGAUGAAGGUCAGUGUAUAUGUUUCUUGUGUGGUCAGUUUUUUGAAGAUUCUUAUGAUGAAGAGAGUGACAAGUGGAUGUUCAAAGGAGCUGUCUACAUGAAUAAGUCAUCGAAUAAAAGCGGUAUUCAGAAUCCUAUAGUCCACAAGAACUGUAUAUCAGAAAGUUCUCAGAAUUUGAAGCUUAGGGAUGAUAUAAAACUGGAAUUGGAAGCCUGAGUUUUAUUGAUUUGGAGAAAAAGGAAUUGCAGGGGUAUGUCAAUUCAAGGUAUCCAGGUUCAGUACAAUUUACUUGUACUGCUUAUGCAUCUUCUUUGUUAAGCCUCUUCUAGGCUUUUCCUUCAAAUGAUAAUGAGAUGAAAAUCUUAUAGCUUUUGGCUUUUCCUGAGCAACAUGGACGGAGGUAGAAGCCCAGAUACGGUCUAACCGAACUGAAUAACUUUUGCUCAAACAGUGUAUUUGUAUUAAAAAUACAGAUUAAAUUUUAGAACCUAGUAAUGUACUUGAUGUCAUCGUUCUAAAAUUCAGAACCCAUAAAGCUGAAAUUGUGGCUUCGCCUCUGCCUAGCGCCUCCAUUUCACCAAAUGUUGCUAUUGAACCAAAAUCAUUGAGCUGCAUUUCCGUUCGAACUGCAACAUCAGAGUAUGCCCUAAGCAAGUUACUGUAUCACCUUCUCUCCACGAGCUAUGGGUUUAGGUUUAAGUAAAGCAUCACAUAUUGCAAAAUAGUUGGAAUUCUCUAUGUUGGAAAGUUCCGCUGCUAUUUGAUUAUCAGUGCAAUUGUUGCUUUUUUUAGAUGGUGUAUUCUGUGUCUUUCGGGUGUGAAAUGAUGGUUUAAUUUCAUUUGGGAUGUACUCCCAUUGUAAGUUAUUGUUUGAA